UGAGUAAUAUUUUCGUAGAUAACAUGGAUUUGAUUGUUGAUAUCCAGGCCUUCAAGGGGCAAAACGGUGAAUUCAUAGUCAAGGAGUUGGCCUACAUUGAUCCCAACGAGCCAGCAGCAGUAGCUCAAUUAGCUACAUUUCAUCCACCUCACUCUUGGUACGACUUGUCGAGCGAUGUCCAGUGUGCCAAUCUGUGGCUCAAAUAUUCUUUUCACGGAUUAAAGUGGAGCGAUGGUGAACUGCCAUACGACAAGCAAGCCGAAGUUUGCUCCAGCCUCCUCGAUUUAUCGCCGACAAGGAACGUUAUUAUUUGGGUGAAAGGUGCACAGAAAAAGGAGUGGCUACAGCUAUAUUUCCCGGACGUCCGUAAUAUAGAAGAUCUCGGCUGUCCAUCCUUAAAGACACCAGGAUUUCGAACUCCGCUGGUGUGUUCACAUCACCUUCCUGACUGGAAGGAGAAUUGUGCAGUUCAAAACGUUUACGCAAUAAACAAGUGGCUUCGUGCAGUACGACAAGAUUUUAUCUUCCCACUGCAUUUCUUUGAGGAUUAUUAUUCCUCAUCUGAUUCGGAUACAACAACGACAACAUUGGAAGAAUAAUUUAUCAUAAUGGAGUCGCUGAACGCUGUGGCAAAAGCUCCACCAUUCCUGCCUACGAAAAAAAUUAAGGAUUUGGAGAUCAGCAAGAAGUACAAAAUAUCCAAACAUAAGAAAGUUCAGACAAAAUUUGGCGCGAAGGUGUUGGAGAUGGAUGGAAGUUUCGACGUUUUCCUACCCACCAAGGUAAAUGCCUUCCUCAUCGAGAACAACACCGACGAGGAGAAGUUGAAGAAUGAAAUUGAUACUAGAGAUGUUUAUCUAGUACAUUAUGGACACAACAUUAUUGAAUUCAUGUAAUAAUUUAU